AAAGCUUCCCACAAACAAGAUGAAAAAUUACUGUCAUUCAUGAUAUUUGUGUCGAUCUAAAACAAAGCUUAAUUAAUGUCUAUUGUUUCAGGCGUAUACUGUGUAAAAUUUAUUUUCUUAAAAUUCAGAAGUCAUGUGUUCUUAAUACGGAGGCCUUGCCAACGUUGAAAGCGUCCUUUUUUUUUAGAGUGCGUUCUCCAGGGUUCCUCACUCCGAUGUCAAAGGCGGUUAUUUUUUAAAAAUAUGAGUAGUAUGUUAAUAAACAAAACAAAACAAAUCCAGCGAUUGUGAUAAUAACCACUGAGAAAUAAGGUAAUAAAAUACAAAAACAUACAUUUGGCAUAGAAGUAAAUGUUUGAAAAUAUCGUUUAUCUUUCAAAUUUUGUUACUUUCACUAACAGCUGGCACAAAAAUCAUUCAUUGAUCUUUUAGAAUUUCAUACAGUUGUUCUUUCCAGUUCAGAAACAAAAAAAAGAAAAAAGAAACUGAGUUUUAUUUCAUUACUUCUUCAUGGCUUCCGUAAAGCAUCGUUAUUUAUUAAAAAAGUAUGCAAAAUUUUUACAGGAUCACGAUUUAAAGGACAUAGAAGAUGAAACUGAUGAUGGUGCUAAUGCAGUGCAUUGUAGGGGAGAAUGGAAGCUUUAUUAUGGAGACAAAAAUGAUCUCAUUUUGUAUUACUUAGAGUCGGAUCACUUUCUUCUUACUGAGAAAGAUACAAUACUGGAAAGCUUUUCAGUGAUUAAUAGCAAGUCUUGGCUUAAAGGCAUAGCAAAAGAAGAUAUUAUUCUGAUAUCCUGUAAGCUUCAGGAUGACUGUGUCAGGAGAUUUCAGAUUCAGUUUCAAAAUGACAAUGACAAAAGUGGUACUGAAUGUCGAAGAGAAUUCACAAAAUUGGUAAAAACUCAUUUCUAUAUAAUAGACCGUGAUCAAGAGUCUGAGGAAGAGGAAUCAAAAUUCAAUGAAAUUGUAGAAAUUAAUGGAAAAAUUCUAGACAAUAUAGAACUUCGAAAAGGCUAUUCAACUGCAAUUGAUAAUGAAAACCUUAAAGAUGUAAUUACUCUUUGCUUGACAGAUAAUACUUUUCCCUCAUAUGUAGCAGAAAUAGUUGGUGUUCUGAAGGAUAUGAAUGAAGCAAAGGAAUAAAAUUUUAUUAUUGUUGUUUUUAUUAUAUUUUAGCUAUAUUAAUUGUAUUAAACUAUUAAAAAUAAAAUCUUCCUAUACAAUUCUAA